AUGCAAGCUGCUGCGACGCAUCGACCGACAAACACGGUUAAAAGGGAGGAAAGCGCGGCUCCUUUCGGAGCACCUGCUGCUGCGGAUGCAACCACUACAGGUGCAGGUGCUGGUAUGCUUACAAAUCGACAGGAUUUGCACCCAUCAGGAUUUGUUGCCAAACUUAGGAAGCAGCUUUCGCGUACCUUCUUGGCUUGUGGCUUUGAUGGUUCGAAAAAAGAGGUGAAGGAUUCUACUAGCACAACAAAGUUAAGUGAUGUCAAGGGAGUGGAUGACACGAAAGCCGAGCUCGAGGACGUACUGCUGUGCCUGCGGGACCCCAAGCGUUUCGCACACCUCGGCGGCAAGCUUCCAAGAGGUGUCCUGCUAGUCGGCGGGCCUGGCGUGGGGAAGACAAUGCUGGCAAGGGCGAUGGCCGGGGAAGCCGGCAUCCCGUUCUUCACGUGCAGAGGCAGCGAAUUCGAGGAGAAGCAUGUGGGUGCUGGGGCUAAAAGGGUGAGGGAGCUCUUCACUACAGCAAAGAAGCGAUCUCCUUGCAUAGUGUUCGUCGAUGAGAUUGAUGUCAUUGCUGGGAGCAGGAGCUCGCAAGAUUCAAAGUCGCACAGACACACCGUUAAUCAGCUGCUCGUCGAGCUAGAUGGCUUGGAGCAGAAUGACGGGUUGAUCGUGGUCGCGGCGACCAACAACCUCGAGUCACUGGAUCAAGCCCUUGUUAGGUCUGGGCGUUUCGACCGUCACAUUCAGAUUCAUUAUCCAAAUGUUGAGGGCCGACGGCAGAUCCUUGAGGCUCAUAUGUCAAAGGUGUUGAAAACCAAGGAUGUGGAUCUUCUGACCAUCGCGAAGAGGACAUCUGGGUUGUCAGGUGCAAACCUGGCAACCCUGGUGAACGACGCCGUUCUCAAGGCUGUUAAGGACGGGGCAGAAGCUGUUGCGACGCAUCACCUGGAGUAUGCCACAGACAGGAUUCUAGUGGGCGGUGAGCGCAGAUCAGUGGCGAUGCCUGAUAACUGCAAGAGGAUGACCACGUACCAUGAGGCAGGGCAUGCCAUCGUUGCUAUCCAUAUGGAUGGCGCUGAUCCCGUCCACAAGGCUACCAUUGUUCCCAGGGGUGAUUUUCUUGGCAUGGUGUGGCAGCUGCCGGAGGAGGGCGAUGAGUAUAUAUUCUCAAGGAAAAAGAUGCAGGCAGGACUGGAUGUCCUCAUGGGAGGCCGGGCGGCUGAGGAGAUUAUCUUUGGUGAGAGCGAGGUGAGCUCCCUCACCCUGACUGACCUGGGCGAGGCGACCCAGCUGGCGACGGACAUGGUUGCCAGGUAUGGCAUGAGCAAGCAGGUCGGCCCUGUCUCCUAUGACAACAACGACGGCAGUUGGAACGCCAAGACCAUGAGCUGGAACUCGACAACCAUGGUGGACCAGGAGGUGAAAGAGUUGUUGAGCAAGGCUUAUGAGAACGCAAAGACGAUCAUAGCGGCGCACAAGCGGGAGCUCCAUGCGCUCGUUGUCGCCCUCCUGGAGCACGAGACCCUGACCGGAGACCAGAUCACGGCGCUCCUAAAUGAAACUCUCGCCAACCGUGAAACCGGCAUCGAUUGGCCGCAAGAGGAAGAAGAAGUAAAUGAAUGGUCUAAUCGGUAG